AUGGCCAGCAUGGGCUCAAUUUUCAGCAUGCUGAUCCAGUCGCAGAUGGACAAAGCGUUCAAGAUGACGCCUGCGGGCAAGGUUGACUUGACGGACGAGUGCCAGCAUUACGAAAGCAGAGACCAGGUACCAUGGGACAUUCAGAAGUACUUUGCGCAGCGCUACUCCAUCUUCAGUCUCUACGAUGAAGGUAUCUGGAUGACGGACGAUGCUUGGUUUGGCGUGACACCCGAACCGGUAGCAACGGCUGUGGCCAACGAUAUGUAUGGCACCGAUGAGAACAAGACCAUCCUCAUCGACAUGUUUGCAGGCGCUGGGGGCAACACGAUCGCCUUUGCCAACUCUGAGCGAUGGGAGAGAAUCAUUGCCAUUGAGAAGGACAUUUCAACUCUGGCAUGUGCGCAGCACAACGCCGACGUCUACGAAGUUGAGUCGGACAUAAUCACCUGGGUCCACGGCGACAGCUUCGAAUUCCUAGACGCUCUCCGCAACCGCCCAGAGGAGCUGCAUCCCGAUUUGAGGCUGGACAUGGAUACGACCGUUGUCUUUGCAAGUCCCCCGUGGGGUGGGCCUGGCUAUUCCACGGAUGAAGUCUUUGAUCUUCGGACAAUGCAACCUUACAGCCUGAAGCAGCUACACGGGAUAGCGGGACCCAUGAACCAUGCCUUGUACCUCCCCAGGACCAGCGACAUCCGCCAGAUUGCCAAGCUGGCCCCGGAGGAUCAGAAGAUUGAGGUUGUGCAGUAUUGCAUGGAAGGGGCGAGCAAGGCCAUGGUUGCAUACAUGCCGGGAGCGUCGAAUCGAGGCAGGCCAAAGGACGACGAUAGCCCUAGGGCAUGA